AUGUCUUCCGUAGCUGGUUUACAGAGGAUCGCACCCGUGCCGACCUCGGCUGACUUUAUAGAUAUCGUCCUCAAUGCUACUAUGAGGAAGACACCUACUGUCAUUCACAAGAAUUUCAAAAUCUCCCGUAUCAGGAAUUUCUACAUGCGAAAGGUCAAGUUCACUCAAGACACUUUCGAUGAAAAGCUUGGAAAGAUCAUCUCAGAGUUCCCCGUUCUUGAUAACUUGCAUCCUUUCCUUUCUUCUCUCUUGAAUGUCUUGUACGACAAAAAUCAUUAUAAACUCGCUUUGGGUCAAAUUAACACUGCAAGGCAUUUGAUCUCUCAAGUCUCAAAGGAUUACAAUCGAUUAUUGAAAUUCGGUGAUUCGUUAUAUAGAUGUAAACAAUUAAAGAAAGCUGCUUUGGGUAGAAUGGCAACUAUCAUGAGAAGACAAAAAGAUCCUUUAGCUUAUCUCGAACAAGUCAGACAACAUAUUUCGAGAUUGCCAGCAAUCGAUCCUAACACCAGAACAUUAUUGAUUUGCGGUUAUCCCAAUGUUGGAAAAAGUAGUUUCGUAAAUAAGAUUACUAGAGCGGAUGUAGAUGUCCAACCUUACGCUUUCACCACUAAAUCCCUCUUUGUCGGUCAUAUGGAUUACAAAUAUCUUAGAUGGCAAGUCAUUGAUACUCCUGGUGUCCUCGAUCAUCCAUUAGAAGAGAUGAACACCAUCGAAAUGCAAUCUAUCACCGCUUUGGCCCAUCUUCGAAGCGCCGUGCUGUACUUUAUGGAUCUAAGUGAACAAUGUGGUUAUACCAUUGAAGCUCAGUGCAAGCUUUUCCACUCCAUUAAACCCCUUUUCGCCAACAAACCUACCAUUCUCGUCAUUAACAAAAUUGAUAUCGUUCGACUUGCCGAUCUCUCAGAAGAAAACCGAUCUUACGUAGAAACUAUCAUCAAUGAUAAAUCAGUAACAAUCGUUGAAACUUCAACUUACUCAGAAGAAGGUGUAAUGGAUGUACGAAAUGUCGCUUGUGAUGCUUUAUUAGCUCAUCGAGUUGAACAAAAGCUGAAAGGAAACAGAAUCGAGUUGGUCGCCAACAAGAUUCACGUCGCCGUACCUCAAAAGCGAGAUGACCUAGAGAGGAAACCUUUUAUUCCUGAAGCAGUCAAACAUAAGGUUAAAUAUGAUAAAGAAGAUCCUGAAAGACGAAGAUUACAAAGAGAUGAAGAACAAGAAAUGGAAUUGUCCGGUAUGGGUAUCUACUCUGCUGAUACUAAGAAGGAUUACAUUCUUGCCGAUGAAACUUGGAAAUACGAUAAAAUCCCCGAAUUCCUCAACGGAAAGAACGUGGCAGACUUUAUCGAUCCUGAUAUCGCUGAGAAACUUGAUGCUCUAGAGAGAGAAGAAGAGGCAUUAGAAGCUCAAGGGUUCUAUGCUUCAGAUGAAGAGGAAAUGCUUGACUCUGACGAAGAGGAAUUCCGAGAUGCAUCCAAAUCAGUUGAAAAGAAGAAAGCUUCCAUCAAGAAGAUUUCACAAGAGAAGAACCACUUACAGAAUCGACCUAUUAUCCCUCGAAAGAAGAAGCAUGUCACUCUAUCAGAAUUCACUACUGGUAUGCGUAAAUCUGGACAUGAUCCUUUAGUCCUCGAGAAGAGAGCUGCCAGAUUGAUGGAUGCAAAGAAGGAAGCAUGGGAGGCAGCAGAAGCUCGUGAUGCAACUGCCAGUGAAGCAGCAGGUGGUAUGGAUGUGGACAUGAAUGGAGAUGAAGUUGGAUCAAGACCAACCAAAUCCAAGGGAGUCAUAAAGACUAAAUCUGGUAUGGCAGUUUCAAGAGCACCAAGAACAGAUAGAAGAUACGCAGGUUUAGCAACGAAGAACCAAUCUGAAAAAGCCAAUGAACUGAGAGACUUCGCACAGAGAGAACCUAAUAGAUUGGCCAAAGCAUCAGAAUCAGAUAGACACGUUCCUAUCACAAGACCUAAAUGGAUGUUGGCCGGUAAGAGAAAGGGAGGUAAAACUGACCGACGAUAA